CGGCGGUUCGCACUUUAUGAUCCUCCCCGUCUUCCGUAUUCAGAUUUCCGGUUCCGGUCACUAACUGCCGUUCCCGGGAGGGAGGCGCCAAACUUAAAGUUAUUCUUGUGUCUCGUAUAACAUUAUUUGACAAAACAUUACGAGAAAAACCUUUCAGACAAUCAUGACGGAAAAACUUUUUAACAAGAAACUAGACGUACACAUCAAAUGCGUAGAUUGUGAAGAGAGAUAUGCCACAAUCAGAGUCUCUGUUGAACUUCAGCUAACUGCGAACUCGGUGCACAAAAGAGAUUUGUUGGUAAGGCUGACAGAUGAUUCUGACCCCUGCUUUCUCUACAGCCUUGUAAUAUCUGAGGAGGAUUUUCAAAGUUUAAAAGUACAGCAGAGUCUGAUGUUUGACUUCUCGGCAUUUCCUCAGAAGAUUAUUGAGCUGUUAAACUUGUGUAUUGCUGAAAAAAGAAAAGACUGUCCAUGUUAUAGUUUGCAGUUAAUUUCUCCAUCCCAAGGCUUGGACCACAGCCAUGCUAACUUGAUCUUUGUGCAGAUCAACGAAUACAGACAGUAUCCACUCCUAUCGCUAAAGCUUUUUCAUGGCACAGACCUUGAGAUCAAAAAGUACUUGGCUGAUUGUAUGUCCAACCUGAAGGAGGAGAAGCAACUGCUGGAGCAGAAGCUGAAGAGGACAGAGGAGGAUCUGACUAGACAGCUCAGUUACACUCAGCAGACGCUGGCAGAGAAGAGCCGUGAGCUGGACAAGCUGCGGUCAGAAUGGACCUCCCAGACGAGUGCCUUGUCCAGCCAACAUUCACAGGACCUCACGGCAGAACGAGAAAAGGCUCUGGAGAUACAAACAAAGCUCCAGCAACAGAACGACCAGCUACGCAAGGAGCUGGAGUCCACACACUUGAAGAACAUGCAGCACUUUCAAGGCAGAAUAGCAGAGCUGGAGACCUUCAACAGGGAUUUGACAGAGAAGAAGAUGGAGGCCGACUGCUCCAAUCGGGACCUGAAGGCCAAGCUCGUGGCAUUGGAGGAGGAGUGUCAGAGAGCAAAGCAACAGAUGACAUCUCUGCGCAGGGAGAAAGGUACACUCAACCAGGAAUGCCUUGAGAAGGAACGACAGGUCAACCAGCUACAGACACGUGUGGCUAUUCUCGAGCGAGACGUCAAGGACAAAGAUCAGCUGGUACUCAGCACUAAAGAAGUGCUUGAGGGCACCCAGGAACAGAAGGCCACUGUGGAAGCAAAAGCUGAAAGUAAACAGCUUCAAAUAGAAAAACUGGAGGCCACCGUGAAGUCCCUAUCAGAGGACCUCAACAAGGCAAAUUCGAUCAUCAAGAAGCUUCUAGAGGACAUGAAGGUUCUGGCGGGGAAGAACAAGCUUAAAAACAUUGUUAUUGUGAAACAGGAGAAGGUGGUGGAGGAGACCACGGACCGGCUGCACAAAGAGCAGAAGGAGCUUGAGGACACACGGCAGCAGCUGAAACACCGUGAAGAGGAGGUAUUGAAACUGAAGGAACAGCUCGAAGCCACACUUCAGAAACUGGAUGAAAGCAAAGAGGUGUUAAAGACCAAUGAACAGGUGAUCAACUGGCUGAACAAGCAGCUGAAUGAGAGCCAUCUGACCAGCAAGCCAGAGAGUGUGGGGCUCUUCCAGACUCCUCUCGCUCAGUCGUCAGCAGCAGGCUACAGGCCAGCCAGCUCUGCUCACAACCUCAUGUUCGAAGGCCGACCCUUCCUUCCUGGCCCGGGGCCACUCUAUCCCAUAACCUCCACGCUCAACUCCAAGCCGCCCUGCCCUCUGUCUGGUGGGAGCUCGGAUACCCGGACCAUCUUUCCCCAGCACAGUCAGGGCCCUGGACCCAAGGUCCAGUUUCAUGCAGUGAGCUCUAAAGUAGCCCUGUCUCCUGUGGAGGGGAAGGAAGGAAGUCCCACAGCACAGCUCACACUGGCCUCCAACAAAGAGAAUAGGGAACCUGUGGGCCUGGAGUCCAAGUACUUAGAGAGGCGAGAGGACAGCAUUCCCCUGCGUGGCCUCCUUCCUAAUGCACAAGUCUGCAGAGACGACUUAAAGCCACCUCUGAAAGCCAGCACGCCCCCUGCAAAGCCCGCGCUGCACUUGACUCCCUCAGCUUACUUCCCAGGCUGACCAGCUGGAGACUGGCUCCAGAUCACAGAUGUAACAAUCCCUGCAGCUGUUUGGAGAACAGGAGUCAAUAGCCAUUUGAAACACUAAAGUAUUUCAAAACAUACAUGCAGCAGUUAUGGCAUCAUGAAAAUGAAGUAUUUCUACUAAAGGUGGUCUUAGCCAUUGAGUGCUGGUAUUUGCUGAGGAAUUUACACCUGUAGACCUUUUAAGUCAGACAUGGUUAUUCCUCUACCUCAAUUAAUGUAAAGGAUAAGAUUGUAUUUGUGUAAAUAUGUGUAAAUGUGAUACAGGUUGAAUUGUAUAUGUGUAUUUUUGCAUU